GACGCUGAGUACAGUGAGGACCCAACCGAAUUCCUCAAGCGAUGUGAAGCAAAAUAUGGCCCAGUGUUUAACAUCUACUUCCUCAACAUGAACCUCACUGUCAUUUCUGGCCCUCAAAUCCGCGAAGUUUUCACUAACCCUGCCUUUUCUGCAAGUGACGCAAUUGAGUCGAUUACACGCAUCUCUUCAUACUUUAACUCUGGUCGCAAAAGCAACAGAAAUUAUGGCAACCAUGUCAUUCAAGACCUUGUUCGUGAUACCACUCGCUACUUGCCCGUAUUUACUCCAAAAAUUGCAACACUGAUGGAAAAGGGCCUUGAGAAAGGAAUUGGCCAUUCCCCUGAAAAGGGAGGAGCGCAACUAGUUGAGGCCCCAUUCCCCAUGAUUCGCAAUAUGCUUGUUAACAUAAUGGCGAAUAUUUUCUUGGGUCCUGAGAUCGCCAAGAACCCCAAAGUCAUUGACACAAUUUGGGAUGCUUCCUCAGAUCUCAGAAGAGCGUUCAUCAAUAGUAGCAUUCGAGUCUCAAAAUGGCGCGCCUUUUUGGAUCGAACUCACCUCAGACUUUUCCAACCGCUUAUGAAGCGUGCCCAAAUCCUGGCCGAAGCUGCUACUCCUGUGGUCCUUGAGCGCCGUCGUCUCGAAGCUCUAGCGAACGAGUCUGGUGUUGCAUGGGAACGACCUGAUGAUGUCCUUCAAUCCAUGCUCGAAGACUCUAGCAAGUAUGGGUUCGAAGACCUUGAAGAUGUUUGUGCCCAUAUUUCCAUCCUCGCUGGUGCAUAUGCCUUUGCAAUGGCCGACACCGCCACCAAUAUCCUCUAUUUCUUGGCAGCAUUCCCAGAGUGCGUGGAAAAACUAUACGAAGAGGUGCAGCAAGUCCUCGACGCCGUUCAAGCAGAGCGCGAACAAACCCGCCAAGAAUACAGGAUGGAAGGAAAGCCUAUCGAUGAAGCUUUGGACCCAGCGCAUGACAGAGACAUGUCUGUAGAGGCAUUGAAGAGGAUGGUGUACAUGGACUCCUUCUUGCGUGAAGUCUUCAGGUACCGUAUUGAGCAUCUGAGAAUUGUGCACCUUGCAAUGGAGGAUGUUACACUUUCAAGCGGUAUUGUGAUCUCCAAGGGUUCUGCCGUUAUCUCCAACACGAGAUCUGUUCAUCAUACCCCCGAGCAUGGCGAUGACUCGGCAGAGUUUAGACCAUGGCGCUACGCCGAGAAGCACAAGACUGCGACCAAAAUUGGACCAGACUAUUUAGUCUUUGGCAUGGGAAGGAGAGCUUGCCCAGCUCGAUUCAUGAAUAUCCAAGGAUUGAAAAUGUUUAGCGCAUUUAUUGUCUCCAAGUACUCCAAGCUCGAAAUCCAGGAUCCUUCUAGAACAAAGGCUGCUAUUCACUCUCGUCUUAACGACCCUAUUGAUACCGGUGUGAACUUCUAUAGCCGUGCAUAAGUAGCAUGGUCUAUCUCGAAGAAAGUAUCUCGCAAAGGGCUUGUUCCCAUCCUCGCAUAGUAAUAAAACAUAUAAAUUCAGUGACCAUCAGAUUUGUAAUCUCUCCUUACCUUGUCACAUGCACAAAAUGAACCGGAUUGAGAUAAAAACUGGAUACGCAUAGCUAUCCUCAUAAUAAACAACAUCCUCCAC